CGUUGAUUGGCUGAGGGGAGAAUAUCGGCCCUCGGGGGCUGCGCAUGCUCGUCUGCGAAACCCAAGCUCGGCCAGUGGGUGUCGUAACCGUCGCCCGGCGCUGCUGCCAGGGGGCGCUCGGGUGCCAAACUGGCCGCUGGGCUGCUGCGUGGCCUCCCUCCGGGUCCCCCUCUCGAGCUGCUGUGGGCGCGCAGGCCUCCAAGGGCGCAGCUUCCCGGGCGCGGGCCGCAAGCUGCGAGCCGCCGACCCUGAGGGACGGCUGAGGUAGACACUGGCGACUGGGCUGCCGUGGCUGGGGCCUUAUGUGGCUUUUCCUCAGCAACAUCUUUUUUCCCCGUCUAUAAACCAGCUCUUCUGAAGCGCGGUGUACACGUCACAGCGCUUUAAUGGCAGUUAGCUUCUUGGCGGGUCUCCACAGUCCGGGGAGGUAGGUUCUGUCCUCAGCCCCACUUUAGACACGGACGUUUUCAUCCCUACCUCUGGAUGCCCCUGAAAAGCGGCCCAGAGUUUUGGAGCUGAAAGGAACCUUAGAUCGUCCGCUCUCCUGGCGUUUUCCUUCUGAGGUUAUCUCUGAACACCAAGGGGAACCUGGACGGGGAAGGGAAAAAGAACAGCCAACAAACGGACCCGGCAGGCCGUGACUGGAUACUUCACUUACUCUUCUUUAUUCUCAUAGGUCUGACAGGUACUGUUAGCGAUCCCAUUUUGCAGGACUUUGCCCAGAGCUCAACAUAUUGUAAACAGCAUUAAUGGCAUUGAGUGAAGCUGAUGAGAUACCAACAAAAGUGCUGCUUCUUACGGACAGAAAAUGGCAUUUGGUCUAUGCUGCCAGAGAGAGAGGCUCUACAAGCCCCUGUACGUAGAACAAGUCUUCAAUUUUGCAGGAGUAUAUACUGCUAUUUUCAGGGGUCUGUGUGGAAAACAGCCCCUGAGAAUGAGAUUGCUGGAGAAUCAUCACAGUGUCAAAACAGAUGCCCCACCCCUCGUGUUGGCUGUAUGGUCACCGUGGUGCUCUGUGGCAGUGGCCUAGACCAACCAAAAGGAACAGAUGACCCCAAAUGCACGAGUAGCCCUAGAAUGUGGUUCAGCGCUCCUGUGAGUGAGGUGUUCAGAGGGGAGACCCGAAGGCCAGUGUGGGGGCUCAUGGAUAAAUGCUACCCUGUGACCACUCAGAGACUCAGAGUCGAGUGGGAGCAAACAAACCUCCGAGGCCAUGACCCCCAAGGCAACAAGAGGACCAAAUGCCGCUGCCCACAAGGAGGAGAUUGGCAUCUUGUCUCAGGAUGAGGGGGAGG